AUGCGCGCUGGGGUGAGCAACGUCACGGGGAAGGCGGAGCUCUGGGCAGCAACUGGUCGUGUCGAUCCGGAUGCAUCGUUGUGGCCGCGCGAUGGUGUGCCUUCCACCGUCGAGAAAGUUGUAACUUUGGAUUUGCUGAUGAAGAAGUCGGUCUCAGAAGGGAGAGCGUUCAUUGCGCACAUCGCCGUCAACGGCCAUGAGCACGCCGUUUUGCUGGGGGCCAAGAAGUCUCUCAAGAAAAAAUUAAUACGGUUUCUCAUAUUUGAAGUCUCGGAGUAUUGGGAGCCAGCAGGUCACAACCUGGGCGCAUCGGUGCAGUUGCUUUGGAACAAGGGCUACGCCUGCUUCGCACUGCUACCCCAGCCAGUGCCACUUUCGGGGCCAUUCUUGAGCGAGGCCCUCAGCGUCGGCGACGGAGGACCCGUGUGGUUCAACGUUUUGUGCGCCCGGAUCGACGAUCAGGGGCUCCGCCGCGUGCUUCUUGCUUUGGACCCCGAGGCUCCAGACUUCUUCGGACAAUAUGCUGGCCCGGGCAACGGCAGCUCGUAA